AUUAACAAAAAGAAUUGGUAAGAAUGCAUCUACUCCACAUCAUAAUGGAGGUGCAUUUAAACAAUUUAACAAAGCACUGAUGAUAAAUCGUAGUUGACUGAAAAUAUGCAGACCACUUUUGUUCCUGCAUUAUCCAAAAUGUUGGUAAAUAGGAAAACAAGUUUCAAGGACAGUCAUCCAUUGUCUGACUUUGGUCCGGAUGAAAACCUGAAUGAUAAUGCGGACAUCGACUGGGUGAACAAGCCGUGGGUUCGGGGACUGCUUCGAUUCUGUGCCUUUUUGAGUCUUGUAUCAGUUAGUCUCAAUACUCCUGAGAUGUUUGCUUUGAGUGUUCACUUGAUGUAUGUCACCUUUAUCUUUGAUCUUAUCGUUACCUUCCUGUUCUCCGCAGAAAUGAUUGCCAAAAUGCACAUCAGGGGAAUAGUCAAGGGUGAAGCCCCCUAUAUUAAAGAUCGAUGGUGUCAAUUUGAUGGAGUUAUGGUUCUGUGUUUGUGGAUGUCACUUAUUUUACAAGUAUUUGAAAUGACUAAAAUUGUGGAUAUGUAUUCCUAUUGGUCAAUAAUGAGAUUUCCCCGCCCACUUAUCCUGAUUAGGCUCUUCCGAGAAAAGCUGAAAUUCCAACUACCAAAACAAAGGAUUGAAACAAUUUUCAAGCGCUCUCGUAACCAGAUAAUCAAUGUUACGACCUUCUUCUUGUUCUUCAUGUCUCUGUAUGGAAUUCUGGGAGUACAGUUUUUUGGUGAGCUGAAGAACCACUGUGUCAGGAAUGGCACAGAUCCCAGAAAUGUGACGAAGGCUGACCUGAUGAUUCCGGAUUACUACUGCUCUAGGAACCCGGAUUACGGCUAUCACUGUACCAGUGGGAUGGUGUGUAUGCAGCUGGAGCUCAGCAACGUACACCGAGGAUUUGACGGAUUUGAUGAAUUCAUUACGAGUUUCUUCACGGUAUAUGAAGCCGCGUCACAGGAGGGUUGGGUGUUCUUGAUGUACCGAGCUAUAGACAGUCUUUACACUGAGCUAGCCUUCGUCUACUUUAUUACCCUCAUUUUUAUACUGGCCUGGCUCGUCAAGAAUAUCUUUAUUGCUGUGAUUAUUGAGUCGUUUGCGGAGAUUCGAGUUCAGUUCCAACAGAUGUGGGGAUCACGAGGCAGCGCUACGGAUUCUGAUUCUUCACAGGUGAUUCAGUGUGAAGGCAACUCAUGGAAGAUGGUAUUAAUUGAUGAGAAUAAAGCCAAAGGCUUUGCACCACCUUUCUUCCAGAAAAUCCUUUGUUCUAAUUUCUUCCACACCUUCUUUUUGUUGCUGGUUUUUGCCAAUGCUAUCACCGGGGCCACUUUGUCCUUCCGAGGCCAGGCAGAUGUCAGGAACAAAUUGGACGGCUUUUACUAUGCUGAGGUAGCUUUCACGGUCCUUUUCGACUUGGAAGUCGUGUUCAAGAUUUGGUGCCUAGGUUUCCAAGGCUACAAGAAGAGACCUUUCCACAAAUUUGAACUGCUCCUGGCCAUCGGGACAACACUACACAUUAUACCUCAGUUCUACAGGGGUCACUUUACAUAUUUCCAGGUGCUUAGAGUUGUAAGGUUAAUGAAGGCUUCCCCAAUGCUGGAGGAUUUCUGUUUCAAGAUCUUUGGUCCUGGUAAGAAGCUGGGUCACCUUAUCCUGUUUACGAUGUGUCUCCUAAUUAUAGCCUCCAGUAUCAGCCUACAACUUUUCUGUAACAUCAGGAAUUUUAACAAAUUUGGAAGGUUUGAUCAGGCUUUUAUGUCCAUGUUUCAAAUUUUGACCCAAGAGGGGUGGAUCGAGGUGAUGGAUGGGGCAAUCGAGGAGACAGAAACAGGAGGCUUUUUCUUUCCACUUAUUUGUGCCAUUUAUUUCAUUUUGUAUCACCAAUUUGUCACAGUGAUCGUUAUCAGUUCCUUUGUGGCUGUUAUUCUGGACAACCUGGAGUUGGAUGAAGACAUCAAAAAACUUAAACAGUUGAAGGCCAGGGAACAGGUGACUGAGAGCCAACAAAAACUCCCCAUGCGCCUUCGAGUGUUUACCAAAUUCCCGAACCACCCACAGAUGGUGUACCUGUACAAGAUACCGGGUGACUUUAGCCUGUCUCAGAUCAGAGAAAGUGUCAUGAGGCAGUUUUCUACCCCAGAGGUGAACCUCACCGUAGACAUACAGGAGAUCAGUGAAGAAAGCACCACCCUGGUCAAAUUCUCACCAGUCAAGCUGGUCAGACAGGAUGUGAGUGGAUCUAAGAGUGGCGGAGCAAUGGAGAAGAGGAGUGGAAUCACACUCAUUGUUAGGGACUCUGCUCAGCAGAAGAUGCAGGUGUGUGGGUCUACUCAGCUUGUUCCUAGUGGCCCUAAGUCCCUAUUGUCUCAACAAUACCAACUCAGGAUGGACAGAAGAAGCAUGAGAGGUUCUCGACCUGGAAGUCUGAAAACCAGAAGUACUGCCAAAGAGAAUGGUGAUAUCCAUCUGGGGAAGAUAAAUAGUUCUAUACUAAACCGAACUAGAACACCUGACGAUUACGACAUAAAAGUCUGGCAACAGAGGAAACAACAGGCGGAGAUUAAGAGGAGUCAGCAGGAGGAGGACCUUAGAGAAAACCACCCCCUGUUUGACACGCCUCUUUUUACAGUGGGACGGGAAUCUCAGUUUCGUAAGGUCUGUCAGAUGAUUGUAAAUGCUCAGUAUAACCACACACUGCGAGACCCCAUCACAGGAAAGGAGCUGAACAGCAAAUAUAAACGAAUACAUAAGAUAUUAGGACUGGUCACAUAUCUGGACUGGGUGAUGAUUAUGGUGACUAUCUUGUCCUGUAUAUCCAUGGCUUUUGAGACGCCCAAGAGAAGAAUAAUGAACACACCAGAACUUCAGAUUGCGGAGUAUGUGUUUGUAAUCUGUAUGAGUAUCGAGAUGGGUCUCAAAGUGUUGGCCAAUGGAUUCUUCUUCACCCCUAAAGGUGUAGUCAAGGACUUUGGAGGGAUGCUAAAUCUAUUUAUUUAUGCGGUGAGUGUGAUAUUUCUGUGCUGGAUGCCACAAGAAGUGAAGCGUGAUUCACCUGCCCAGGUGUUCUUGUUGCUCAGGUGUCUACGGCCUCUCAGGAUCUUUGUUCUUGUUCCUCACAUGAGGAAGGUGGUUUACGAACUCAUCCGGGGAUUCAAAGAAAUCAUAUUGGUCUCUGUCCUACUUGUGGUGCUGAUGUUCAUGUUUGCCAUUUAUGGAGUUCAUGUUCUAGGAGGAAAACUUCACAAAUGUAAUGAUCCCAACAUCACCACCAAGGAAGAAUGCAAGGGUAGAUUUUUCCAGAAAGUGUUUGUGACACAGAUGAAGAUACCUAAUGGGACGGAGAGUGAGGCUGGAUUCUUUGUUCCUAGAACUUGGUCCAAUCCCUAUAACUUUAACUUUGAUAACAUUGGGAGUGCCAUGUUAGCUUUGUUUGAAGUGUUAUCAUUGGAGGGCUGGCUGGAGGUCAGGGAUGUCAUCAUUGAGAGAGUGGGCCUGGAACAUGCCAUAUAUGUCCAUGUUUUUGUCUUCAUGGGCUACAUGAUAGGUCUGACUUUAUUUGUGGGUGUGGUCAUUGCCAACUAUAGUGAAAACAAGGGAACAGCAUUGCUGACUGUGGAUCAAAGAAGAUGGCUGGACUUGAAAGGAAGAAUUAAACUGGCUCAGCCAUUACAUAUACCACCUAGACCUGAUGGAACAAGCUUUCGCGCCAAGAUGUAUGACAUCACACAGCAUAAGAAAUUUAAAGCAGCGACGGUGUUCCUGAUUCUUGUCAACUGUGGGCUACUGGGAGUUCCUUGGAAGUCUUCCAAUGCCAGACAGACAUUUAUCUUGGGUUCUGUGUCUGCUGUGUGUACUCUUCUGUUCCUCUGUGAGGUGAUAAUAAAGAUGAUUGCCCUAACACCUAAGGGCUACUGGACAAGUAGAAGGAACCGUUUUGACAUGCUGCUCACCUUUCUAGGGGUCAUCUGGAUCAUACUACAUUUCACAUUUAAUCUUACUGGGCAGGAGGGUGAUGCUAAUAAUGUGUUUGGAGUUAUCAUUAUUGUUCUGAGGUUCUGUACAAUAUGUGGAAAGCAUGCAGCCCUGAAGAUGUUGACCCAGACUGUGGUCAUGUCCGUGUUGAAAAGUUUCUUCAUCAUCACAGGAAUGUUCUUACUGAUUCUCUUCUACGCUUACCUCGGGGUCAUUCUGUUUGGGACAGUCAAGCAUGGCUACAAUCUGGGAAGACAAGCUAACUUCCAGACCACUCCUAUGGCUAUAGCUCUGCUGUUCCGGAUUGUCACUGGAGAAGACUGGAAUAAAAUCAUGCAUGACUGUAUGGUGGCGCCUCCUUUUUGUACAAACGUUGGCAACAUCUGGGAGUCAGACUGUGGUAAUGGGACUGCCUCCAUUGUGUAUUUCUUCUCCUUCUAUAUCAUCAUCACCUACAUUGUCCUCAAUCUAUUGGUGGCUAUCAUCAUGGAGAAUUUUUCUCUGUUCUACUCCAAUGAAGAGGAUGCUCUGCUGAACUAUAAUGACAUCAGAAACUUCCAAAAUACCUGGAACAUUGUGGAUGUCAACAGGAAGGGAUCUAUUCCAGUCCGUAGAGUGAAGUUCCUCCUGAGACUGCUCAAAGGUCGUCUGGAGGUCGACUUGGAGAAGGAACGACUGGUUUUCAAACACAUGUGUUAUGAGAUGGAACGUCUUCAUGGGGGAAUGGAUGUGUCAUUCCAUGAUGUCAUCAGUAUGUUGUCGUACCGGUCGGUGGACAUCUGUAAAAGUCUACAGUUAGAGGAGUUAUUGGCCAGACAGGAACUAGAGUACACAAUAGAAGAGGAGGUGGCCAAACAGACCAUACGUAACUGGCUCGACUCAUGUCUCAAAAGGAUCCGAGCCAAACUUCCACCACAGCAGAAGGAGCACACAAAUCUGAUCUCCAAUCUCCGGGCCACCAAUGAACAGCCUCUGUUUACCCUGACAGAGCAACCAUCCAGUGCUGCCGAGAGCAGCGAGGAAAAUCGUAACGAGAGUCCAGUGGUACGAACCAGGAAGAAGGGGAUGGUAGAGCUUCAGCCCCCCAAUAUCCUGGUACAGCCUCCACCCCCUCCAACUCAGUCGCCAACUUUAAGAACCUCUCCCAGAAUUGAGAAGGAAAGACCAACACUGAAGAAACGGUCUGGAAGGCUUUCAUCGGGGAGUAAUUUUAAAGGCCUGACUGUAAACCUGAGUCAGACAUCGGAGAUUAAGGGUGAGACACUGGCCGUAUCCCCUCUACAGAAGACCUUUACAGAGAGUAUACUGAUUGGGGAGAAUGUGUCCACUAACAUCCAGUCCUGGUGGGGGGAUCAGUUCUCACAGAACGAGCAGGAAAAAUGACCAAUGGACAACUAACUGACCACUGUGGACCAGUCACUAAUUGAUAAACUGACCAUUGUUAAUUAGACUAAGGAUGGCAUUGGUUAUAAAGGAGACUGCAUAAACUGCACCAUGUUUUGAAUUCAUUUCAAAAAUGAUUUGCUAGAUAUCCAUCCCAAGAGCAGGGAAGCAUUGAUGACAUAUCCAUUGUUGUGAAGAAGGUUGGAAGAUUUUUUUUUUUGUAAAGAGGGAAGUUUUUUUGUAUCAUUUUUGAAUUACUGUUAAUGUCCUUUUUUUCGAGGGAUCAUAAUUCUGCAGAAUCGCAGUUUCUGUCCAAUUCGGGGGUUGGAAACUACGUGGAUUUGUUGGAUUGACAUUUUUUGUCGUAGAUGUACUUUAAGUAUGCUGGGAGAAAUUUUCGUGGAAAAUGUGACUGCAUACAUAGCGUAUAUUAAUCUCAUGUGGAAAAAAAGUAUAUCUAAAAUAUUUAUAUAAAUUCAGUUGUUGUAUGGGACGAUAAUAUUAUAAGUUAACAAUACAAGGACUUUUAGAACUGUAGAUAGGGAUUCAACAUAUUGCAGUGUUGUUUUGUGCUUGUCCUUUUCAAUUGUAAUUUGUUACAAGUAUGCAAUCAAUGUGCAGUAGAAGUAUGAAAGAUCCAGACAAUUUUUUAAUUAUUUCUAAAAACAUAUUCUUUAAAUGUUUAUUGUCUUUUUUUAUUAAAUUUAAGGGGUUUUUUUCCCUGAUCUGAACUUGCCAAUACAAACAAUUGCUAAAGUGCAAUAGAGAUGAGUGCAAUAUCAUUAUUUUUCAGUAAUAUUUACAGAUAUUUUUAAUAAUGAAGCAACAAAUAUUUUUAUCUUGCAUUCGCCUGGCAGUAGAAUGCAAAUUUACUCUAAGGGCUGUAGGGGUAAAAUGUUUGCAUUUUUUUCCUUGACACACAAAUUAGAGCAAGUAAUAAACACAUCAUCCUGUGAAUUCAGUGACCUAUUAACAUAUAAAUUAUUCCCCAUUUCUGGAAUUCAGGACUUUAUGUAGAGCAUGAAUAUCCUCCUGUACAUUUUAUACUGCCUCAGAUCAUAAGUACAUGUAGGUUGUGUAUUAUUGAUUAAUUAGAGGGUUUUAUUUUAGCCAUUUACAUGUAUACUAGUUCUGUUUUGAUCUCAUUUUAGUGUGCUCUAUCCUUGCCAAAAAGCUGUCUUUUUAAUGUAAGAAGUUGUUGAAAGAUUUGAAAUGAAUUUGUCAGUAUAAUGAAACAUGCAUUGUGUUGUUAGAUCAUGUUUUCAAUAAAAGUUGUGUUUAUCAGA